CUUUUCUCUUAUAUUUAAUCAGUCCACCGCGUUCAUUACAUAAAGGCGAUUUUCUCGCUCUUCUCACUCACUCUCUCUCCCCUCUUCCAUUUACCAUUCUUGACACUUUGAAGAUCGGAUCACAUUUCUUGAAAACUUCAGAAAUCUUUCUCACUUUGUGAAAAUCAAUGGCGCAGCUCUUGCUUCAUGGAACUCUCCAUGUCAAGAUCUAUAAAGUGGACAAACUGAAAGUUGGAGGGGGUGGGAAUCUCUUCAGCAAGUUUGUGGAGAACAUUCAGGAGAAAGUUGGGUUCGGCGAAGGAACUCCCAAAAUCUAUGCAUCUAUUGAUUUAGAAAAGGCUAGAGUUGGGAGAACAAGAAUGAUUGAAGAGAACCCCAACAAUCCUGAGUGGAAUGAGUCUUUUCACAUUUACUGUGCACAUAUGGCCUCAAAUGUCAUAUUCACAGUCAAAGACGAUAAUCCCAUUGGUGCCACUUUAAUUGGAAGAGCUUAUGUACCGGUUCACGAAUUACUGGAUGGGGAGGAAAUAGACAGGUGGGUUGAGAUACUUGAUGAAGACAAGAAUCCUAUAAAUGAAGAAUCUAAGAUCCAUGUGAGCCUGCAGUUCUUUGAGGUUAAAAGAGAUCGCAACUGGGCUCGUGGAAUUAAAAGCCCCAAGUAUCCUGGAGUUCCUUAUACCUUCUUUCCCCAGAGAAGAGGAUGCCGGGUUUCUCUGUACCAGGAUGCUCAUGUGCCGGACGGAUUUAUUCCAAAGAUCCCCUUAUCCGGAGGGCAGUAUUAUGAGCCCCAGAGAUGUUGGGAAGAUAUGUUUGAUGCAAUCACAAAUGCAAAGCACUUUAUUUACAUCACUGGUUGGUCUGUUUACACCGAAAUCACGAUGAUAAGGGACUCCCGGAGACCAAAGCCAGGUGGAGACACUACUCUCGGUGAGCUCCUUAAGCAGAAAGCAAGUGAGGGUGUUAGGGUUCUUAUGCUUGUCUGGGAUGAUAGAACCUCGGUGGAUUUACUGAAGAAGGAUGGUUUGAUGGCUACCCAUGAUGAAGAAACUGAAGAGUACUUCAAGGAUACGGAGGUGCACUGUGUGCUGUGUCCCCGCAAUCCGGAUGAUGGUGGAAGCUUUGUUCAGAACUUGCAAAUAUCCACCAUGUUUACUCAUCAUCAAAAGAUUGUGGUGGUAGACAGUGAUUUGCCAAAUGGAGAACCAGAUAGAAAGAGAGUUGUGAGUUUCAUUGGAGGCAUUGAUCUUUGUGAUGGGAGAUACGAUACUCAAUUCCAUUCACUUUUCAGAACAUUGGAUACGGCACAUCAUGAUGAUUUUCAUCAACCUAAUUAUACUGGAGCUGCAAUCACCAAAGGCGGACCCCGAGAGCCGUGGCACGACAUUCAUUCCCGGCUGGAAGGGCCAAUUGCUUGGGAUGUUCUGUUUAAUUUUGAGCAGAGAUGGAAGAAGCAAGGUGGAAAGAAUGUAUUAGUUGACUUUAGAGAGCUCUCUGAUGUUGUCAUCCCCCCUUCUCCAGUCACGUUCCCCGAUGACCACGACACAUGGAAUGUGCAGUUAUUCAGAUCGAUUGAUGGUGGGGCAGCCUUUGGUUUCCCUGACAAACCUGAUGAGGCUGCCCAAGCAGGUCUUGUUAGUGGAAAGGACAAUAUUAUUGACCGAAGCAUUCAAGAUGCAUAUAUUCAUGCUAUACGCCGGGCCAAAAAUUUUAUUUAUAUCGAGAACCAGUAUUUCCUAGGUGGCUGCUUUGGCUGGGACUGUAACGAUAUUAAAGUCGAAGACAUUGGAGCUCUACAUCUCAUCCCAAAGGAACUAUCAUUGAAGAUUGUUAGCAAGAUUGAAGCUGGAGAAAGGUUCACCGUGUACAUUGUGGUUCCUAUGUGGCCCGAGGGGAUUCCGGAGAGUGCAUCGGUACAGGCUAUAUUAGAUUGGCAGAGGAGAACGAUGGAGAUGAUGUACAAAGAUAUCAUACAGGCUCUUAAAGCUAAUGGCAUCCACGAGGACCCAAGAAAUUACUUGACAUUCUUCUGCCUUGGUAAUAGAGAAGCGAAGAAGAGUGGAGAGUAUGAGCCUUCCGAACAGCCUGAACCCGAUUCAGACUAUCUAAAAGCUCAGGAAGCUCGACGUUUUAUGAUCUAUGUUCAUGCCAAGAUGAUGAUAGGUAAAUCUUUUGUCUUCGUAUUGUAUUUAGUAUUUACUGACAAGUUUGCACCUUUUCUGAAUCGCUGUGAUCUGAUUUUGGUCUUUUAUGUUGCAGUUGAUGAUGAAUAUAUUAUAAUUGGAUCAGCAAAUAUCAACCAAAGAUCAAUGGAUGGUGCAAGGGAUUCGGAGAUCGCCAUGGGAGCCUACCAACCAUAUCAUCUAGCAAACAGACAGCCAGCAAGGGGUCAGAUCCACGGUUUCAGGAUGGCGUUAUGGUACGAACACCUUGGCAUGAUCGACGAAGCUUUCCUCCACCCUGAGAGCGAGGAAUGUGCAACCAAGGUGAAUGAGAUGGCCGACAGGUACUGGGAUCUCUACUCCAGUGAAGAGUUGGAAGGGGACCUGCUAGGCCACUUGCUCCGAUACCCUGUCGGGAUUGCCAGUGAAGGUGAGAUUACAGAACUGCCGGGAGCUGAGUUCUUCCCGGACACCAAAGCUCGCAUUCUUGGUGCUAAAUCUGACUACCUCCCUCCCAUCCUUACCACCUAAGGGCUAUCUGGAUCUCGUUUGCUGCUAAUAAGAAGAUGUUUUCCUGUUAUGAUCUGCAGAGUUGUGUGCAUACUCAGUCGAUGUUGCUGGUGUUGGAUUUAGAUUUUACUUCUAACUUCUUUGCUUUCUCACUGUUGGACUUGUAUUUGUCGACUGUUUGCUUAAGUUAUAUUUGCUAUUAUGGUAAUAUGUUGCUUAUUUCAGUUGUAUCAGAAUUCCACAGUUUAUCAAAAAGUGGCUUCAUUUUCCAUGACUUA